AUGCCUAGCUCUAUCUCACUUAUUGUCGCUCAUGGCACGAGACGUGUUGGCAAAACAGUCACGGAUGAGCUUGCAUACAACACAGCAGGGAAAAACAAAAUCUAUGGAACUCCCAAAAACCCAGCUAUAGCUCAACGAAUCCCUUGGGGAUGUUUAAGUGGUUUUGUUGUAGCUAUUAUAACUAAGCUUGUGGACUUCUCUCUUGGUACUGAUACAGAUGGAAGCGUGAGAAUUUCGGCUACAUUCUGUGGCAUUUUGGGCUUCCGUCCUUCUCGUUGUUCUGUUUCUACUUUUGAUGUUGUGCCAAUGGUGCAAAGUUUAAUUGAGACUGUUCAGACUGGCAUGCUUAUUUUUCCUGUCACUAUGAUAUUCGAGUUGGAUCCAAAUGAAUAA